CCGCAGUUGAAACAUUCCGAAAGGGUUGCGUUGAGGCGAGGUGGUAAUGUUUAACAGGCGCAUUUAAUGAUUGUGGAAUAGUCACCAAAGCAAACGUUUCUUUCUGGCAGUUCAGAGCCAGUCUUUAUUAACGGCUGACUUACAGAAGCACCUCGAGUGAAUCGCGUUUUUAUUUGUAAUCUGUCAAGAAGGUAAAAUGUCAGCGUGAGUUUAUUUCGCCCGAAGUUACUCAGUGGAAGUGUAACCCUAGUUAAUCGGGAAAUCGUCGCUUCGCUGCGUGUCUUGGCUGACCGUCGGCUGCAGUCGAUAUCGCUUUGGACACGGAUUUUCUGCACAGCCCUCGCCCACUGUAAACAAUGCGUCGCGAAUGGGGGAGACAUCGAGAGAUAUCCAGAUCCUUCAGUUCCCUACAUUUUGUGGUCUCAGAAGGCAUGCACUGAAGUUCCCAAUCAAUGUGAAAGUGGAAGUUGUAUGAAGGCUAUAUGUCUGGCUGCAAGUCACAGGCCAUGUGUGGUUAUAAAACUCACAAGAGUAGUCCAGGACACCUGGAGUCUACUUGAACUUCCCUUUAUACUCAGGAUAGUGCAGGUGAUGGAGAACCACAAUGGCAGCUCUAUGUGAAGUUUACACUUCAGAAUCGUACCCAAGCUGCAACCCUCACCUCUCUGUCUGACAGUGGGACUACAACUCAGAACCCAUUAUGCCCAUGAGGGAAUCAGCCACCUACAGCUGCCAGAGACUUCUGUAGAGAUGGAUGAGAAGUCUGCACUGUGCCAGGUGCCUGUGGGCUCCUUCAGCAAUUACUACAACAAGAACUUAAUCAGUUUUUACUAUAACCUGACUGGUAAGCUUCGUGAAGACAAGUACAAGUCAAAGGACCUGAGUGUUGUGUCCGUUAUCUUCAUCAUUUUGUGUUCCUUCAUCAUCCUUGAAAACCUGCUGGUCCUCGUGGCCAUCUGUAGAUACAAGAAGUUCCAUUCGGCCAUGUUCUACUUCAUUGGCAACCUAGCACUGUCGGACCUGUUUGCAGGAAUCGCUUACAUCUUCAACCUUGUUUUCUCGGGUGGACGGACUAUGACUUUGACCCCACUGCAGUGGUUUUUCCGAGAGGGCACCAUGUUCAUUGCAUUGUCAGCCUCAGUCCUCAGCCUCUUGGCCAUUGCCAUUGAGAGACAUGCUGCCAUUGUGAAGGUCAAGCUGUACAACAGUGACAAGAACAGUCGAAUGUGCCUGCUGAUUGGAAGCUGUUGGAUUGUCUCUGUGCUGUUGGGUGGGUUGCCAAUCAUGGGCUGGAACUGCAUGUGUGACCUGAGUAGUUGCUCAACCGUCCUCCCUCUCUUCUCCAAGAACUACAUCUUAUUCUGUAUUACCAUCCUGAGCAUCAUCCUGCUAUCCAUCGUCAUCCUGUAUGUGCGGAUUUACCUGAUUGUACGAUCUAGCCACUGUGAAACAGCAGCCCCACAGACCUUGGCCUUGUUGAAAACCGUGACCAUUGUCCUUGGUGUGUUCAUAGUCUUCUGGGCACCCACCUUCAUCAUUUUGCUGCUAGAUUUUGCCUACAAGGGGAGUGAUUGCAAGAUCCUGUACAAAGCUGAGUAUUUUCUGGGCCUGGCCACCCUCAACUCUGCCAUGAACCCCAUCAUUUACACUCUGAGGAGCAGGGAUAUGCGCAGGGCAUUCCUGCAUGUUCUCUGUUGUUGCUCAAUGAUGGACAAAAAAGCUCGGAUGGAAUCUUUCUUCCCCACAUUUCGCCACAACAGUACUUUGAGUCGGUCUUACCAUAAACACACAACACUAGAGUCACCAACGAUGCCAGAAUGUACCACCUUUGUGUGAUGCCUGUGGUUUACAAGGGCCAGGUGGUGAGGAUUAAGGUCAGAGGCACAAUUAGCCCAUGCAUUCUACACUCUAGCUCUUCGCACAUGGUCUUAGUCAAUCCCCAUGCCAGCUAUCUCUCUGCUACAGGAGAUGAAAUGGAUAUGACACCCAAUCUAACUACAUCAGCUGACCAGUGGGAUUUUGCUUUUGUUAUCCUGGAACUCAUUUGCCACCAACCCAUCAAAAGGAAAUAACCUUGCCAAGAGGACAUCUUCUUCAGCUACACCAGGAAUAAUGGGUUGCCAAGACUUUGCAAUGUGACCAGAGCACUCUGAGAAUGUAUUUCACCAACAUAAUGACUGGCCCACAACCAAUAGGUUGGAGGUCACCAGGAGGAUACAAGGGUUAAUGAUGCAUUGCAGAAGGGAGGAAAUAAAAUAAUUUGUGUGGGCGUUGGUACAAAUACACAGACCAUUCAAGAUGAAGCCACCUUCAGGGAGGAGAAGCGAGAUCUUAUAUCCUGUCUGGUUAGCCUCCAAACUGAUGGCAUGAAUAAUAAUUUCUCCUUCCAGUAGAAAUAUUUUCCCCUCUCCCUCUCCUCUCAUUUCCCACUCUGGCCUUAUGCCUCUCUCAUCUGCCCAUUACCUCCUCCUCCCUCCCUAUCUCCUAUGGUCCACUCUCCUCUAACAGCCCUCCACCCCCCCCCCCACCAAUUUCUGGUCCGCCGUAAAUGCCCGUGUAAAACUAGUCACAGUACCCAGUGACCCUGGCAUGAUCUGGGUCAUCCUUAAAGCAGCAUAACUGCAAUUGUUAUCCCAGCUUAUUAGAAAUGGACAGUGGUAGUCUUUAUUGCCCGCUAUCCAGCAGCACUGUGCAGCUCAUUAACCACACAGACUGCUGCAGUUCUUAAAGUGCACUCGUUCCUUGGGGGCAUUUAGAGAUGGGUAAUGAAUGCCAACAACAUACACUUCCCAGAAAAAAAUGAAUCAAUGAGCAGAACCUAUUCAGACUAUUGCCUUGGCAACAGAAGAAUGGCUGACACGUUGAAGUUGAUUCAUGAUAAGUGGAGAUUAAAGAUGUGGUACUGCCGCUCAUCGCUGAUUUAAUAUUAAUGUUUCAGUUCUAUUUUAAAUGUGAUACAUCCAACUUAGAAAUGUUUGUCUUUACAAUUCUUUGAAAUAUCCACAUGCUGCUUGUUGCAACUGUCCCUCUUCUUUACACUCACUUUGAAACCGAGUCUCCAAAUGAACAUUUAUUUCAAGCGUUUCUGUGCACGUUUCAGGAGUCAUCGCUGUUCGGCCAGACACUGGAUUUGUAAAGACAAAGCACAGCUCUAAGAUUGAGAGGGCAGCCUUAACCUGACUUGGCAUUUAAACCUUUAUGUGGAAUCAGUCCCCACAUCAGAAUCUCUAUCCCUGAGAGAACCUUGGCUCCUUUCUCCCCGAUCUUUCACCCCCAUCUUUGGGGAAAGAUGUACAGUUCAACACUGAACAUGUUAGAAUUAUUUUUCUAUUAAAAUUACAAUUAAGUCUAAGGGUAAAAGUUUCACUGGAGUUGUGGCCUCCUUUUCCUUGUGCGACAAAGGUAAAGAUGGACACAGUUAAAGUGUUUUCAUUAGCCUUUCCUUGGCUUGGCUUCAGGCAAAAUUCCAGCAUUUUCGAUAAUGAUGCUGUUUUGGAGGAAUUUGAUGAGAAUGAAUUGGGUGGGACAUCCAUGGCCAGUUAGGUGGACUGCCCUUUCAAUGAAGGUGAAACAAUAGGUUGUGCAGUUACAAUGUUUAAGUGACAACACUACAGCUAGAGGCAGUAUUAAAUACCUAAUGUUUAAUAAAAUGCCAAAUAUAGAAUAGUAAACGGUACGAGACCCAUUCCAGGUCUGUUCACUGAAAAUGAAAUGAAUGAAAAAUAAACUGUUUCUAAAGAAAA